AUGGUAAUUCUGGAACAAUUAGCACACACAUACUUGGUGAGAGUCUGUAUAGCAAUAUUAAACUUCACAGUGGCAUUAAAUUACGUAAAACCAUUGUUAAGGUCAAACCACCAGAAUGAAGAAAUCAGCUCGAGUUUAAUGAUGGUAGCAACAAGGCUGGACUCGAGAUCAAAGUUGGACUCAUUUCUAACAUUCUGUGAAAGAACUAGUAUCCUGAUCAAUGAGGCAUGUUUCAAUGUGAUAUUAGACUCCUGCAUUAAACUCAAGAAUAAUAAGAGGCUGUUAAGAAUAAUUAAUAAGUUUAGAGUUUGGGGACUCUUACCAAAUAUCCAAACAUUCGGGAUCAUAAUUAAAACGCUCUCUUCAUCCAACUUAAUUCACGACUGCGAAGAACUCUUUUAUCACUACAUUACGGCCCAAAACACAAAUACUGCCAACGGUGUCAAUACCAAUACCACUACCAAUGGUACCAAUAACACCCCCAGUUCAACAGUGACUGUUAGUAACGGAGCAAACAAUAGCGAGAUCGUGUACGGAUGCAUGUUCGACGCUUAUGUGAAUAACAACAGCGUGGAUAGCGCAAUGAGAUUGUUUGAGGAUAUGAAGGAGAGAGGAAAAGUGAAACCAAAUACAAUCAUGUACACAACAUUGAUUAAAGGAUACGGCCAAAACAAACAACUAGAUAAGGCGAUGCGAAUAUUCAGAUUAAUGCAACAAGACGGAGUCGAGCCAAAUACAGUAACAUAUAACUCGAUAAUAGAUGCGUGCGCAAGAGUGGGUGAAAUGGGCUCAGCAACGAGAUUACUUGAAGAGAUGUUAAGUUCAGGAAUCGAGCCAGAUCUGAUAACUUUCAGCACAAUCAUUAAGGGUUACUGCGUGCAAUCUGAUAUGGACAAGUCAUUCCAGCUAUUAAGUGUAAUGUAUGAAAGAGGAAUAAUGCCAGACGUAAUACUAUACAACAGUUUACUAGAAGGCUGCGUUAAAUCUGGCCUACUAUGGCUGUGCGAGAAGUUGUGGUCGCAAAUGCAGGAAUACAACAUCCCGCCCUCCAACUUCACCCUCACCAUUCUCAUUAAGAUGUACGGCAGAAGCGGCCAGUUGGAUAAAGUAUUUGAACUAGCAGAUGAACUGCCUAAGCGCUACAACUUCAGUAUCAACACACACGUUUACACCUGUCUCAUGAGCGCCUGUAUCACUAACGGCAGAUAUGCGAUGGUUUUGGACAUCUACAAGUAUAUGAAAAUCAAUGGCGUAAAGCCUGAUGCCAAGACCUUCGAAACUAUUAUCCAAGGCCUUAGUAGAGGCUCUUUAUUCAAGGAAGCAGCUCAUGUUGUUACGGAAGUCUAUUCACUCAGUAACAGUAACAACGGAGAGGCCCAAAUUCCAAACAUUAACAUCAAAAUACUACAACGACUCUUCCAACGCUUCUACAACUCAGUCAAUCCCAAUACUCACAACACCAACACUAUCCACUCUCCUAACACAAAUGGAACCACUCACACAAAUGGUAACACUCACGCAAACAAUGCCACUAACACUGUGAACAACAAUGUGAUAUUGUUGAGUACUGCGAGUUCGGGCGUAUUGGGAGGUGUGGACGACGCUGAGGAGUUGAACAGCAUAUACACUUCGCUGGCCAGGAGGCUAGAACUCUUUGGAAUCAAAGUACCCAAAUACUAA